AACAAAGAUGGUGGCAAUAUUUUUCUUUAAAUUUUAGAAUGUUAAGUUAUUUUAAGUUUGGCUCUGAUAUAGAGCAGAUUGAACGAAUUGCUUUGGCGCAGCGAUAGACCAAUAUUUCCAAAAUGUCUAAGACUAGUACAAGAAAUGGGUCUGCGGGUAAAACAGGACCAAAAGGCCACAUGACUCUGAAAAGCAGUCCAUUUGCGCCAACUCAGAACAAGCUCCAGAGCCAGUACAUGAUUCAAGACCACAUGAACGCUCAUUACAGGAUGAUAGAUAGAGCUAAGCCUACUGUUGAUAUGACUCCACCAAAAUCAUGGGGCAUCAGCCAAAAAGUGCGUGAUCAAUCCAAGAGAGAAGUUUCAAAAUCAGCACCAAAGAUGAAAAAGCCGUCCAGCAGAACUAACAGCAGACAAUCACUGAGAGACUUUGAAAAUGAAAUAUUUUUUGAUGAGCAAUUUGAAGAUACCGUCCAGGGACAAAAUUAUGAUACAUCAUAUUUCGACCAAUACCAGGACAAUCCACCAAACGGCACAAUGCAAAAUACUCAAAAUGGAGGCUUUGGAACAUACAGGAGCAGAACAGCAGGUUCCGUUCUGUCCCGUCCAACUUCCUCAAUAGCACGCAAACAACAAAGCGCAGAUAUUCUUGAUAAAAGAGCCCAUAAAUUUGUGGAGCCUCAAAAGCCAUUUACACCCCGAACAUUAAAAUCAACACGUGCUUCAAAACUCAGUGGGUUCAAAUACUAUAACCCCCCAAAGAGGAAAGAUAAACAGGGACCUGGCGCUAAAAAUAGUCUGGAGCCCAGUAGAGCUGAGACACCACUCACAGAGGAGUAUUAUCAAGACACUCUUGAUGAAACCUUACAGAGUAGGGCUUUUGAGAUUCUGAAACAACGCAAUGCUAGCCCUGGUGGGGUACCCCCGUUAGAUAUCUCAAUGGAUACAGACAAUUUGAAGUGGCUCAAAAAACAGGCUUCUCAAGCAGAGGCCAGGUUGUCUCAGAAUGGGACACUAAAGACAUCUCAAAGACCUUAUAACAAUGAUCGUCUCACCCCUGACACCUACAAUAAAAAACAGCUCAAUACAACAGAUACAUACAAUAGAACGCAACUGAACAAUACAUCUUCCAAUAGUUUAUAUGACACCAGUAGAUGGGUAGAAACACAUACUCCUAAACCUGAUAGUCGGCCAAUGAGUAAAUCAUCCACUACAAUGGAGAGAGUGACAGAUGAGGAGGAGGAGAUGAGGUAUCUUGAGUUUGUAUCAGAUGUGACCAAUGAUAUACUUGCUAGAGGCAUCUUUACAAACAGAGUAUUAUUACAAGUAUUUGAAAAACAUGUGCAACAACGAAAAGGAGAGCUGAAAAUUAGUCGAAUGAGAACUCUUCUCAACCAACUCCGGGAAGAUCUUGGAAUCAUUGAAGCACCAACCAACGACCCAGAGGAUGUCGGCAUGGCAACCCAGCGUGAUUCAAGCAACUACAACAAUGUCUCAUAUCGACCUAAAUCUGAUGACAACAAACCUACAUACGGCCAUAAAUCGAAAAGUAGAAAAUCUAAUGCUUAUGAUGACCUUGACACUGACAGCAUGAAUAAGAGUAACAAUAAUAUAGAAGCAAAGGUUUACAAUGGAGUCCCAGAGCACCAAGUUAAAGAUGUGUUCAACAUGCGUACACUUGAUCCCGUAGAAGAACAUAGUGACAUCAUCAGUGAGAGCAUCCAUUCUGAAGUGAAAUCAAACUUCAGUAAACCGAAAAGUAUUCUUGAGCAGAAAGAUUAUCUCUUAAAUGAUUUCGACCAAUCAAUGAAUGGCUCGAUUGUGAGUAAUGGAUCGUCAACAAUGAAGCCUAAACCUACCCCAAGAAAACGUGCGAGUAAAGAUGCAACUUUGAUAGACAGUCCAAGAUCUAAUGUGGAUACUUCAAUGAAGAUAUCAGAUUUAGAUGGCUUUGAAACAAAAUCAACUAAAUCAGACAAAACUAUCAAAUCGUCAAAAUCAGUGAAAUCAAUCCAAUCGCAAAAGAGUUCCAAACAACAUGAGGAAAUUGACGAACUAGGCCAUAAUAUGACUUACAUCUCCCUUGAUGACGAGGCAGAUAAUAUUGAAACACAGAGCCACAAAUCUGGGAAAUCAAACGCAUCUAAAAAGAAAAGUGUAAAACAAGGAUUUGAUCCUUCAUCAGAUAAUGAGUUUAGUGAAGUAGAUUUUGAGCCAGAGAGUGUUAACGAUGAUACAAACUUACCUGGCCUGGAUGACUUUUAGAUCUCAAUUAUUUGUUAAGCUAUUCAAAAGAACAGGUUGCUUUAGGGGACCUGCCAGUCACCCCGAAAUUACUAGGAUUUGUGUAUUGAAAUGUAAUCUUCAAAAAGGUGUUGUUGCCUGUAUCAAAAAUCAAAUGGCAUGGCAAGGACAGCUGCUACAAAAUUGCCUUUCAAAAUCCAAACCUUUGUGUUUUAUGAGUUACAGGCACACAUGUAUAAUAGUCAUCUAAAGCAACCAGUCCUAUAUUGAAUACUAACAAACUUUGCCUGCUGUUAAACUCCAAUAUUUGAAUGUUCAGAUUAGAUGUCCAAUUUCUUGAUUCAGCUUGUGAUUUGUUAUAUGUGAUUAAUAUAUUCAGAUUUUGAAUUUUUUAGAAUAUUUUUUAGGGUGGGUUUAUUUUAUCCUAUACAUACCCAUGAUAACGAAGAUUUUUGAUUUAGAGGAAUUCAAAACAAAACUUUCCAUAGUUUGAUUAGUUUUUUUUAGAAACAUUGUUUUCCCAUUUUUUGACAAUUUAAAAAUGAGGCUAGUUUUAUGUCCAAAAAUGGAAAAAGAUUACAUGUGGGGGCCCAUCUUAGCCCCACCUCUUCUGGAUCUGCCAACAAAAUGUGAUAAAGUUCUAUAUAUAAUAUCUUCAUAUCUUAUAAACUGCUCAGAAUCAUACCAAUUAUACAGCUGCUCCAAGUCAUCUAUGCAAAGAGUAUUAACAGUUAAUCCCAGCACUGAAUAUUUAAUCAAAAAUGAAUUGUUCUCAAUGUGGGGAAAACACUAAUAGAAUACUAUUAUAGUACAUGUAGUCCCACUGAUUUUUAAAAUGUUUGAUUGAUUCACACUACCAACCAAAGUAUGAGAUGUUAAUAUUUCAUGAAUUUUCAAUUAGUCAGUAUACAAUCAGUCAUGGAUUUCAUUUGGGAUUAUGUCACUUAAGUUAUUUUCAUCAAGGGUACAGGAAUAUUAUUCAAGAGUAUUAAAUUAAUCUCAUGCCUUUAUAGAACUCCUUCCAAAUAGUGUAUUUUAUAAUAUGCAAUGUAUUUACAAAUGAUGUGAUAUUUUUAAAGAGCAUACCUACAUAUUGUGAUAUAAAUUCAUGAAUUGUCUAUAUUAAUGGCAAAGUGGGCUAAAUGCCCAACUGGAGUCUGUGAGGAGCAUGCUUACAAAGUGGCCGUAGCAUGUUUAUAAUACUCAGCAUCUAUAGCAUGCUUGCUCAGCAGAAAAUGUAAAUGGUACAUGGUACUUUGAU